AUGGACGCCGCAGAGGUACCAUCACCAGCGGCAGCAGCCGCCACCGCCGUCUCGCCCAACACAGCCGGACUCGCACUCCCAGCCGAACGCGUGGCACUCAACUUGCAGCUCCACGUCGCAGCGGCGCGCGGCGACCUUGAGGCGUGCAAGGCGCUCCUCGACCACCAACCCUACGGUGCCGACGCCUGGUACGAGGAUGCAGACGCGCAUGGCUGGUCGGCGCUUCACUACGCCGCCGAGGCCGGUCAUGCUGCGGUGAUACGGCUCCUGCUUCGGCGAGGCGCCAUCUGGAACGCCGUCGACCACUUCGGCAUCACCGCCGCCGAGGUCGCGCACAGCAUGAAUUGGGAAAAGUGCUACCGCGCCCUGUUCGACGAGGGCGUGAGGCGCACGCUGCUCGAAAACGUCCUCGCAAGGCAGCAGGGUCAGCAGUCGGUCGACGGAGCGCAAGACGAUGUUGAAGACGCACCAGAGGGCACUGCAGUGGCAACCGCCGCGACGACGACGAUGACGGCGGCAGCAGCGGAUAGCGGCAACAGCGGCGGCGAAGGCGAUGGCAACCGCCAUGACCCAGCAGCAUACCAGGCAACACCGGGCCAAAUUACACUCCACGCACCCACCCACAACGAGGUGUCGACGUCCAACGACGCCUUCCUCUCGAGCAGGCUCCGCUUCUUCGCCGAUGAAAAGGGCAAGAUGCGCUGCCUCGACCAGGACGGCGGCAUGGUCAUGGCUGACUGGGAGUCGGACAUCAUGAAGCUUUCCGCCCGCCUCAUCUGCUCGCCCCAUCAGCCGGGCUUCUCUGCCCUCAACGUCGGGUUCGGCCUUGGCAUCGUAGACACAUUCAUCCAGGAGUACCGUCCCGGCCGGCACGUCAUCAUCGAGCCCCAUCCGGACGCCAUCGCCUACAUGCGGAGCAAAGGAUGGGACAAGGUGCCCGGCGUCGAAAUCUUUGAGGGCAAGUGGGAGGACUGGAUCCGCGACGACGACAACGACGAAUCGGUCAAGAAGAGAGAGCAGCUCGGCUCCUUCGACGCCGUCUACUGGGACACGUACAGCCAGGACUACAGUGAGCUGCAGCGCUUCUUCGAGUGCCUGCCCUACAUCCUCAACGGGCCAGACUCGCGCUUCUCGUUCUUCCACGGGCUGGCAGCGACAAAUCCCUUCUUCUACGACGUCUACACGCGGCUGGCCGAGCUGGACCUCAUCGACGUCGGCCUCGACACACAGUGGCACGUCAUGACGCCAGAGUGUCCCGAAGAGGAGUGGGACGGCGUGCUGAGAAAGUACUGGAGCCUAGAGAGCUACGCCUGUCCCGUCGCCAGGUACAAGCAGGUCGAGCCGACCAGUGUCGACUAG